AUGAGUAUUCCCUUUGUUUAUGAGUAUCUUCCUCAUUUGGGCUAUCGAAAGCGCAUUCAUCUCAUGAAUCCAAUGAUUCCUGGCUUAUCGGGCGUCAAGAUGUCCUCUUCGGAGAUAGACUCAAAGAUUGACCUUCUUGAUUCGGCCGAUUUGGUGAUGCACAAGAUAAGGCACUCUGUCUGUCAGGAAGGCGUGACAGCUGCUAAUGGGAAUGGAUUGUUGGCAUUUAUGCGUUACGUUGUCUUUCCCUUGGCUGGAGACGGCUUAUUAUCAAGAUGA